AUGCCUACGAGCUCUUGGAUCGCGUUUCUAUCCCUUUCACAGCUCUCGCUUGUUGUGCAUGCCAAAAGUCUUUGGUCGACUCAGCCGGCGGGUUUCGUGGAUAUUAUCAGGACUGCGUAUCCGAUUGGAAAUGGUCAAUUAGCUGCACUGCCUUUUGGCGAGCCAGGUUCCGAAAAACUUAAUCUCAACAGAGAUUCAUUGUGGAAUGGUGGGCCCUUUGAGAAUGCAAGCUAUAAUGGCGGUAAUCCAAACUUUUCAGUGGCUUCCACAUUGCCAGGUAUCAGAGAUUGGAUCUUUCGAAAUGGCACCGGAAAUGUUACUACAUUGAUGGGCUCCGAUGAUAAUUAUGGAAGUUAUCAGGUUCUGGGCAAUUUAUCCGUGUCUUUGCAAGGUAUAUCUGAUGCUACUGGUUACAAAAGAAGCCUUGACCUGGGUACUGGAAUUCAUACGACUACCUUUAACACUGCUAAUGUUUCUUUUACUACCGCCGUCUUUUGUUCUUACCCAGACAGUGUGUGCGUUUACCAAGUCAACUCAACAGCCACACUUCCUAGAAUCGAUAUUUACUUUGACAACUUACAAGCAGACAGCUCUUUAGUCAAAUCAUCUUGUUCAACAUCUUCAAAAUCUGCUCUAUUCAGUGGUAUUACUCAAGCUGAUAUAGGCAUGAUUUAUAAAGCCGAGGCACGAGUCAUUGAAUCUGCAAAAUCGGUCUCCUGUUCAAAUACUACAGGAACUCUCAGCAUAAUACCAUCUAAUAAUCAACAUUCUCUAUCCCUGGUAAUCUCGGCUGGUACAAAUUACGACGCUACUAAAGGCACAGCUGCGCAUAAUUACUCAUUCAAAGGAGAAGAUCCAAGCAACUACGUUUCGAAAACCGUCGCAAAAGCCGCUUCAAAAACUUUUAAAACCCUCAGGAAGAAUCAUCUCGCUGAUUUUUCCGCCCUCAUAAACACUUUCACACUAAGUCUUCCUGAUCCCCUUGGAUCAGCAAACAAAGAAACUGCAACUGUCAUUUCAGCAUAUAAUACUACAGAAAAUAGCCAUACCGAUCCCUGGCUAGAAAGUCUCCUAUUCGAUUACAGUCGCUAUCUAUUCAUAUCAUCAUCACGAGAUAAUUCACUCCCGCCUAAUCUCCAGGGGAAAUGGGCGUAUGGAUUAUCGAAUGCAUGGGGCGGAGACUACCACUCCAACAUCAAUCUCCAAAUGAAUCAUUGGGUAGCUGAUCAAACGGGACUUGGAGAUUUGCAAUCUGCAUUGUGGAGCUACAUGGCGGAAACAUGGGCACCGCGGGGCUCGGAAACAGCGAAAUUAUUAUAUAAUGCCCCAGGUUGGGUUGUCCAUGAUGAGAUGAAUAUUUUUGGUCAUACGGGUAUGAAAACAGGUGAUGAGUAUUGGGCUGAUUAUCCAGCUGCUGCGUCAUGGUUAAUGCAACAUGUAGCUGAUUAUUACGAUUAUUCUCGCGAUGAAACUUGGUUGAAGAAUACUGGGUAUCCGUUACUCAAAGCUAUUUCUGAGUUUUGGCUUAGUCAACUUCAGAAGGAUGUGUAUUUUAAUGAUGGGACUUUGGUUGUUAAUCCUUGUUCUUCGCCUGAACAUGGUCCUACAACAUUCGGCUGUACACACUACCAACAACUCAUCCACGCGGUCUUCACCAGCACACUCCAAGCAGCACGCACACUCAGCACCGACAACACACUUCAAAACACCCUCCAAAGCACCCUCACCACCCUCGACAAAGGCCUCCACAUAUCCCCGCUAACCCAAAUCCAAGAAUGGAAAAUCUACUUCCCCGCCUACGAAAACACCACUCAUCGUCACCUCUCCAAUCUCAUCGGCUGGUACCCCGGUUCCUCACUCUCCUCCUAUCUCUCCGGGUACACCAACUCUACCAUUUCCACCGCGGUGCGCAAUACGCUUAUCGCGCGGGGACCAGGUAUUAUAGAUUCGAACGCUGGGUGGGAAAAAGUAUGGCGCGCAGCUUGUUGGGCGCGAUUAAAUGAUACGGAGAUGUCGUAUGGAGAGUUGAGGUUGGCGGUGGGGAAUAAUUUUGCAGGGAAUGCGUUGAGUAUGUAUUCGGGGAAGAAUGAACCGUUUCAGAUUGAUGCGAAUUUUGGGUUUGGGGGGGCGGUGUUGGGGAUGUUGGUUGUGGAUUUGCCGGUUGGGGUGGAGGGGGAGGGGGAGGAGCUCGAGGGUAUGAGGACGGUGGUUCUUGGACCGGCUAUUCCGGGGGAGUGGGCUGGGGGGAAGGUGCAGGGGUUGAGGGUUAGAGGGGGGGGGGUGUUGGAUUUUGAGUGGGAUGUCGAUGGGGUUGUGGUGAGUGCGGCUUGGAAGGUGAAGGGGGUGGAAGCUUUGAGGAUUGUUAAUGUUAAGGGUGAAGUGCUUUUAUAG